AUGGCGGCAUCGCAAGCCCUCGGGGGUAAUUCCCGGGCGGGGAGGAUCCUGGGGCCUUCGCUGGACAAGAUCGUGAAGAACGCCGCCUGGAGGAAGCACGGGAACAUUGUCUCCGCCUGCAAAUCCGCGCUCGACAGGCUGGAAGGCUUGAGCGAAUCUUCUGACGCCGCCUCUGGUUCCUCUCUCGCGGGGCUACCUCCGUCGGAUGCCGAGUCGGUUCUUCAGCCCCUCAUCCUCGCGCUAGACUCGUCCUCUGCGAAGGUCGUCGAACCUGCGCUGGAAUGCAUGCAGAAGCUCUUCCUCCAGGGCGUCGUUCGCGGCGACGUAGGUUGUCGAUCGGAUGGCGACGAUGAUCUAGACGUGACGUCCCGUAUAAUGGAUUCCGUCUGUAAGUGCGGCGGCUUUGGGGACGAGAACAUCGAGCUCGGCAUGCUGAGGGUUCUCAUUGCUGCCGUCCGGUCACCGUUCGUGGCUCUCCGCGGGACGUGCCUGGUCCAGAUCGUGAAAAGCUGCUACAAUGUGUACCUUGGUAGCCACAGUGGGGUCAACCAGUUGUGCGCAAAGGCGAUCCUGGCUCAAAUUCUCAUGAUUGUCUACGCGAGAGUAGAGGCCAAUGACAUGGUUGUUAAGGUCCAAAGCGUAUCUAUUGCGGACAUCUUGGAUCUGUCAGAUAAGAACUUGAAUGACUCAAAUCUGGUCCAGCUUGCCCAGAAUUUUAUCAAGGACGUCAUGGAUGGCAGUGAAUGUGUAAGCAUUCCUUCGGAGUCACAGAAUGGUGAAGUAUCAGGUCCUUCUGGGGGUGAGAAGCAUGAGUUGGGAAGCAUCGAUUCCUCUGCCGAUGGAAAUUCUGGUGGGAGUAAAAUCCACGAAGAUGGGUUUUUCUUAUUUAAAAACUUGUGCAAGUUUUCGAUGAAGGUUUCCCCACAUGAAAACCCAGAGGAUCCAUUGUUAAUAAGGGGGAAAGUGUUAUCAUUGGAAUUACUGAAAAGCAUUAUUGACAAUGCUGGCCCGAUUUGGCGAACAAAUGAGAAGUAAGUGCCCUGAGGUUCUAUUUCUAGCAUCCAAUGAGAGUUGGGUUAUAUGUUCCAGAUUCCUAUUCAAACCCCAUUUUUUGCCCAUAUUAGAUGUCAGUUAUUCAACAUUAAUCCUCUACUUCUGUCAUGAAAAUGGAAAUUCUAACAGUUGUUUAUCAGGGAAAUACUUUUGAAACAUAGAUAAAUCAUUGUAAUGCUUGGAUUGCUGCAUAUUUUGAUAUGCUCCGUCUUACCAUUUAUUUGGACAUAUUAAAAAUUUUUUAGUAAACUCUUCUUGAUUGUACACCUAUAUACUUCUUAAUCGUUUAUUAUUUGAUACGAAGUAUCCUACCUGUUGUGAAGACACACAUAAUCACUUUUAUGAGCUUACGUUAAUUGUACAUUUCUACUCCAUGUCGGUAUUCUGCUAAAGCUAUUCUUCUGACGUUAAAAUGAACACUACCAUGUGAUAUCCUAAAGAAUUCUUGUUGAGUUCAAUCAUACUUCCAUAUUUAUGCUAAAAGACUAAGAAAAAAAGUAAUUCAACGGAUCGUUCAACAUAAAAAAAUUAGAGCUGAUAAGAUAAACCUAAAUUGUUAAAAUCAUUCCCCAUGGCUUCAGAAGGACACUUGAAAGUACUGUUUUUAUCUUUGAUUGUGAAAUCUUAUUCACGAAUGAGAAAACAGCUUUUCUAGUUUAAUUUAAAGUUCUAAAUGUUUUUUUGUUAUGAACUCAUAAAUGCAGUCUAUUAAAAAUGUUGGUUCAUUUGAGAAGAAGAAGAAGCACAGUAUUUUGUGAAUCAAUCAUGCAGAAGGUUUGAUAGCCUUUGGAUGGUGCUGGCUAUGGAACCAUGAGGAUGAAUAAAAGGAGUUGCCUUGGGUCAAAAGGAAAGACCGUUAGUGAUAUAUGUCAUCAAAGUUCUUAAUAAAUUGGCCACUGACGUAGAAUUAAAGAUUAGUAGUGAGUGCUGGUUGAUGACAUGAAUGUGGAUACAAUAUCACAAUACUCUGUUUCCUUCAAAUAGAUGGGGUUGAGACACCGGAAGUUAUCCUCCAGUUCAUUUUGCAAUAGCUUUUACAUAUCUCAUCACCAUUCUUUUGAAUUUUCAGAAGUCCUUUAUUUGUAUUUUCUUGUCAUUUAGAGGUUGUCUUCUAAUUUGAGCUUUAUUAGGAGUAGAGAGUCCUUUAUUUUUAUUACCCGUAGUUGACUAGUGAAGUUUGAAUUGAAAACUCAAAUUUGGUGAAAUAAAGCAUGGACCUUUUCCACAUCGUGGAUCGCAAUCUCCAUUUUAUCUUGUAAGAUGGAUCCUUUAUGUGAUCUUGUGAGGUUUUAUCUAAUAGAAGAGUUGAUCUUCCAUUGGAUAAUUAACCGUGCAUUUAUUUCAAUUUAAAGAAACACGCAUAUAUUUGGUAAAUUCGACUGGAAUUUUCCAUCAUUUCUUGAACUUUAAAACUUGUGCAGGUUUCUUGGAGCUAUCAAACAGUACCUCUGCUUGUCAUUGCUAAAGAAUAGUGGAUUGUCCUCGAUGAGUAUUUUUCAGCUCUUAUGCUCUAUAUUUAUGAGCCUAUUGUCAAAGUUUAGAUCGGGAUUGAAAGGGGAAAUUGGGAUUUUCUUCCCCAUGCUUAUCCUUCGGGUGCUAGAGAAUGUGCUUCAACCCAGUUUCUUGCAGAAAAUGACAGUGCUGAACUUGCUUGAAAAGAUUUGUCAAGAUUCUCAGAUUGUUAUUGACAUCUUUGUGAACUAUGAUUGUGAUGUUGACGCACCAAAUAUUUUCGAAAGGUACUUUGCACAAUCAUAAUUGGUCGCAUUCUCUUUUUAUUUUUUGUAUUAUUUUAUUGUACCAAUUAAAACAAGAAAUAAGCUACCGAGUAGUGUUUUUGUUUUCUAGUGGUGUUGCCUCAAUCUCAGUUUUCUGAGAAAGCACAUAUCCAGAUGUCUACCUCUAUUUAAACGCCCAAAACUGAAUUACCUAUAAAGGUCAAGCUCAGACUGACCAGUCCCAAUUCAAUUGCAGUCUCCGUUACACUAACAUACUAAGAAAAACGAAACCCAUUCCUCUGUACGUUACCUAACACCAGAGCUCAUACCUUCAACCUUGUAGUGGUCUUCCAAACUAUCUCAUCAAUUGGAAUUCCCCUGAUUCAACUCCAAUCUUUUCGUCCGAUAUCAUUCAGAGUGUUGCAUGCAAGAGAAUCCACCAUAUCUUUAAAUCACCAGCAAAAUUGCUCUCAUUUCUGAUUCACAAGUGAGAAUCCAAACAACUUGCAAGAACUAUGUACCUUGAGCACUUGAGUACAACAAUUAAUAAGCCAGAAAAAAUACAUCAACAGAAAAUAACUAUUAUAUCCAGUUUUUAAAAUCAUUUGUAGUAGUCUAUUUUAUAAAAUGUAUUAAAGCAACUUUAAUUCCAUCAGAUGUUUGCAGGACUGUCAAUGGACUCCUGAAAACUGCUCUUGGUGUACCACCUGGUUCUGCAACUACACUGUCACCUACCCAAGAUAUUUCAUUCCGAAAUGGAUCUGUCAGUUGUUUAGUCUGCAUCAUCAAGUCAAUGGGAUUCUGGAUGGACCAACAGUUACGAAUUGGGGAGUUCUCACCCAAAAACUCAUCAGUUGAUUCAUCUACUGACAAUCAUGCUUCACUGAAUGGAGAGGAAGGAGGACUGGACUUUGACCUGCAUUCUGAAGUAAAUUCUGAGCUAUCUGAUGCUGCCACGCUUGAGCAACGUCGGGCAUACAAGAAAGAGCUCCAGGUAAAACAUUCAUUGUUCCUCUUGAAAGUUUCUUUCAUAUUUUGCAUAUCAUUCAACUCUUCUUGUGACAUUUAUUGGUUAUUGCAGAGAGGUAUCUCACUAUUCAAUAGGAAACCCUCCAAAGGCAUUGAUUUUCUUAUAAACUCAAAGAAAGUUGGGGAUUCUCCUCAAGAAGUGGCUUCAUUUCUCAAAGUCACUGGUGGCUUGAACAAGGAAGUGAUUGGAGAUUAUUUGGGUGAUAGGGAGGAAUUUCCUUUGAAAGUAAUGCAUGCAUAUGUGGAUUCCUUUGUUUUUGAUAGUAUGGACUUUGGUGAAGCCAUUCGGUUUUUCCUUCAGGGCUUCAGAUUGCCCGGAGAAGCGCAGAAGAUUGAUCGUAUCAUGGAAAAAUUUGCUGAACGUUAUUGUAAAUGCAAUCCAAAUUCAUUUACCAGUGCAGAUACUGCAUAUGUUCUUGCUUAUUCUGUCAUAAUGCUCAACACAGAUGCGCACAAUAACAUGGUAAAAGAUAAGGUGGGUGGCAUGUGUUUAUAACAAUAUUUUUCCUCAGACAGUCAGAUAGAAAUGCCUUCUCUGAUUUUUUUUUGAAACUUUUUCCCUGAAGAUGUCCAAGGCUGACUUCAUUCGCAAUAACAGAGGGAUAGAUGGAGGGAAAGAUCUAGCAGAGGAGUACUUGGGAUCUCUGUACGACCAGAUUGUAAAAAAUGAGAUAAAGAUGAAUACCAAUUCUUCUGUUCCGCAGAGUAGACAGGGGAACACCAUCAAUAAGCUCUUGGGCCUUGACAGUAUCUUCAACCUAGUCACUGGGAGGCAAUCUGAAGAGAAAGCAGUGGGUGCAAACGACUUGCUCAUUAGGCAUAUUCAAGAGCAGUUUAAGGCAAAUGCUGGCAAAUCAGAGUAAGCUCACCUUCGAUCCACUGAAACACCAUCACUCCUAUCUCUCCUAAUUUUGGAUGUCCCUCAUCAAUCUUGCAGGCUGUAUUAUACUGUCACCGAUGCAUCGAUAUUAAGAUUCAUGGUGGAGGUUUGCUGGGCCCCAUUGUUGGCUGCAUUUAGUGUGACACUUGACCAGAGUGAUGACAAGACUGCUACAUCUCGGUGCUUGCAAGGCUUUCGUCAUGCUGUGCAUGUCACUUCAGUAAUGUCCAUGCAGACACAGAGAGAUGCUUUCGUCACAUCUGUGGCCAAGUUCACUUACUUGCACUGUGCUGCUGACAUGAAACAGAAGAAUGUCGAUGCUGUGAAAGUGAGACCACACUCUCGAAACUUUUUUCCUAGAUAAACAUGUGCAUGUCUGAGUUCAUGUUCUUGGGGUAGCUACAUAAACUAAUCCGGGAGAUUAGAUUCAUUAACAUUUGAAAAUGGCAUACAUAUUGGUAGGUAGGUGAAACCGUGAAACUAGAUCCGACUUUGAAACUUCUAUUUCGCUGGGGCUUGUUCAUGUAAGAAUUCCUCCUAACCAGCAUAUUGGCAAAUGGGAACUGCGUCAAUUUUCUGAAUCAAUGUGUUUCGACAAGCCAUGCUCUGGGCAGUGAGUAGUGUUGUUGAUUUGGGCUACCUUGUAGUACUCCUGCAUUGAUUUUAAAAAAAAAAAUCUAAAUAUUUGUAAAAGCUGAAAGCUACUUUUUACGGUUUACCACGAAAAUUAACUCAAGCAUGCUAGUUUUAAUUUGUGGAAUGUUUACAGGAACUUAGCUGAAGUAUGCUAGUCUUCUGUUUUACAAACGUUUAGCUGGUGAAUUUCAUGUUCAGUGAGGGAUGAAUUUCGUUGGAAAAAGGCUAGCCCUCUUGGCUACUCUUUUGGCAAACUUUGACUGAGGAUUAGAUCCAUUGCUGAUAAGCCAAACGGGAUCAUGAUAUGUUGACUCUUGAUUCUUCAAUCAUGAGUUCAUAGUAAUUUUUCUCUUUUAUUUAGUCCAGAAUUUCCCUAGUUUCACUUAUUAUGUGGCCUGUGCAAAAUCUGACUCGGCUUCCCACUUUUUUCUCAAUCUAGCUAGUUCAUACCCUCUUUAUCUCUCCAAGAUUCUUGUUGACUUCCGAUCCUCUGUUCUUACAGGCCAUCAUAUCUAUCGCCAUUGAAGAUGGGGACUUCCUCCAGGAGUCGUGGGAGCAUGUGCUGACAUGCCUUUCCCGAUUCGAGCACUUGCAGCUGCUGGGUGAGGGCGCUCCUCCCGAUGCUUCCUAUUUCACCGCAUCCGCCAGUGGAACAGAAGAGAAGCCACAGAAGUCACCUGGCACGCCAACCCAGAAGAAAAAAGUCAACUCCCUUCAGAACCCAGCCGUGGUGGCUGCUGUCCGUGGGGGCUCAUAUGACAGCAAUCGGGUCGGAACUGUCUCUGGACUGGUCAGCCCCGAGCAGAUCACCCAUUUCAUCUCCAACCUAAAUCUAUUAGACCAGAUCGGCAGUUUCGAGCUCAACCACAUAUUCGCCCACAGUCAGAGACUAAACAGCGAAGCCAUAGUAGCCUUUGUGAAGGCCCUGUGCAAGGUCUCCAUGGCAGAGCUGCAGUCCCCAUCAGACCCUCGCAUCUUCAGCCUAACAAAAAUAGUAGAAAUCGCGUGAGUCAUCGUUGACUUUGAACCAAAACCAUCUCUCUCUCUCUCUCUCUCUUACUGAUUUAUUUUCCAUCUGUUUUUCAGGCACUACAACAUGAACCGCAUCAGGCUGGUGUGGUCUCGCAUUUGGAGUGUCCUCUCUGAAUUCUUCGUGACGGUGGGCAUCUUUGAGAACCUCUCCGUUUCCAUCUUUGUGAUGGAUUCCUUGAGGCAGCUCGCCAUGAAGUUUCUGGAGCGGGAAGAACUCGCCAACUACAACUUCCAGAACGAGUUCUUGCGACCAUUUGUGAUCGUCAUGCAGAAGAGCGGCUCCGCCGAAAUCCGGGAGCUGAUCGUCCGAUGCAUCUCUCAGAUGGUCCUGAGCCGUGUAGGCAAUGUCAAGUCCGGCUGGAAGAGUGUCUUCAUGGUGAUCCAUUAAUCUUCCCCUAUUGGCCAAGAUUCUGCGACGAAUCUCGUGAGUUCCUCACUCAGAUUGCCUUAUUUUAUUUUAUUUUCCAUUUUCAGGUCUUCACUGCCGCCGCCGCCGAUGAGCGCAAGAGCAUCGUGCUACUGGCCUUCGAGACCAUGGAGAAGAUCGUCCGCGACUACUUCCCGUACAUAACAGAGACGGAGACCACAACCUUCACGGACUGCGUCAAGUGCCUCAUCACCUUCACCAGCAGCAAGCUCAACACUGACGUCAGCCUCAAUGCCAUCGCCUUCCUCCGCUUCUGCGCCGUCAAGCUUGCAGAAGGCGGGCUGGUCUGCUAUGACAAGAACACAGCAGGCGGCGGGUCGCCGGAAGGAGCCGCCUUCACAGAGGAUGAUGACCAUGUCUACUUCUGGGUGCCCCUCCUUGCCGGUACAAAUUAAUCUCCGCUGGUCAUGGCGUUGACUUUUUUGUAGGGAAAUUUUAAUUUAACUUUUUACAUAUCCGCUGCAGGUUUAUCGAGGUUGACUUCCGACCCCAGGCCGACCAUCAGGAGAGGAGCUCUGGAGGUCCUGUUCAACAUCCUCAGGGACCAUGGGCGGCUCUUCUCGCGCCCCUUCUGGAUGAGCGUCUUCAAGUCGGUCAUCUUCCCCAUAUUUGGCGGCGUGAGCCCGGUGGACCUCGAUGAGGACACAUGGAAUGCCAGCAUCCAGGCGGUGGCGGCGAAGUGCCUCGUUGACCUGUUCGUUGACUACUUCGACGUCGUCCGGGUGCUUCUCCGGGACGUGGUGCUGGUCUUGUCGGGGUUCAUCAGGAGCCCCCAUCAGAGCUCUACAGGCACCGGAGUUGGGUCUCUGCUGCAGCUGGCGGGGGCCCUGGAAGGGCGGCUGUCUGAGGAGGAGUGGGGGGAGAUUCUGCAGGCAUUGAAGGAGGCGGUUGCUGCUGCAUUGCCGGAGUUCUCGAGGGUCGUCCAGAUCAUGGAGAAGGUCGAGAUUCCUGAGGCUUCUCAGGCGUUCGUCGACAUGGAAGUUUACUCGGAUCAGGAGGAAUUUCAUGGAAACGAAGUGGAGGAGGAUCACAUGGAGGCGGCUUCGUAUGCGGUGCUCAGGAUGAAGGGCCACAUUGCCGUGCAAUUGCUCCUAGCAAAGGUGCUCUCUCUCUCUCUCUCUCUCUCUCUCUCCCCCCUCUGUCUGUGUCUCCAUGGUAGGAGCAUUCGAAGGAGCACUGUGUUCAUUAGUGUCUGGCCCCGAGUCACUCUUGAAUUCUGAUCCUCUCUCUCUCUCUCUCUCUCUCUGCAUGAACAGGCGAUCACGAAGCUUUAUGAAGCGCAUUCCAGCAUGCUGUCCCCAGCCCACGUUGCCACCCUGCUGGAGCUCCUGUCCUCCAUUGCAUUCCACGCCAGCGAGACGGUGGAGGCGGCAGCACUCCAGCGGAAGCUCCGCCGCGCCUGCGCCUACCUGGACAUCUCCGACCCCCCGCUGGUCCACUUCCAGAACGAGUCUCUCCAGUGCCACCUCAAGCUCCUCGAGUCCAUCCUCAGCUCCCAUCCCUCCCUCUCGAUCAAGCUCGGUGUUCAGCCACAGCUUGUCGCCGCCUGCGCCAAGGUCCUCGACACGUACCUCGCCUGUGCCGCUGGCGGCCGCCGCCCGGCCAGCGGAGCUCCCCUGCGUUGGGUGGUUCCCCUAGGCUCGGCCCGAAAGGAGGAGCUUGCGGCCCGGGCGCCACUGGUGGUUUCUGCAGUCCGCCUGCUCACCCGGCUGGAGAGAGACGCCUUCAAGAGGUACCUCCCCUCCCUCUUCCCUUCACUGGUCAACCUCGUCCGGUGUGAACACAGCUCCAGUGAGGUCCAGCAAGUCCUCUGCGAAAUCUUCCAGUCAUCUAUAGGCCCCAUAAUUCUCCCUUCCACGUGA